UAUGUCUCAGUCCGUCCAUCUCCUGACGUUCAAGUUCGCAGGAACGUCACGUCCGCACUUGAACUUGCAGCUCAGGGGGGUUUCUUCGUACCCCCAUCACCCUCUCCCUCUUUCUCUCUCUCUCUCUCUCUCUUUGCGAAAAAAGUCAUGAAGAGCUCCGCACAGCCAGAGACGCGCGCCUCACCCGCUGUAUGAUCUGCAGUUCUUUUCUUUUUUCUUUUUUUCCCCUUUUGGAUGUCAGAUGCAUCAAUGAAGAUAUUUCACUUGGAGUCUACCUUGUAGGAACGGAUUUCCCAAUGUGAACUCAGCUGAAAAGCCGCCACUAAACAAACAUGUCUCGCCGCAAGCAAGGCAAACCCCAGCACUUGAGCAAACGGGAGUUUUCGCCUGAGCCACUGUCAGGUGUUUUACCAGAAGAAGACUCUCAGGACUCCCCCAGGCUGGGAGUGGCUCAGGGUGAGCCCCUAAAAGGGGACCAGGACCUGCUGACCUGCGGCCAGUGCCACUCUCGUUUCCCCCUGGCUGACAUCCUGCUGUUCAUUGAACAUAAACGGAGGCAGUGCCAUGGGAGCCUCUGUACGGACAAAAGUUUGGACAGGCCACCAUCCUCCCCUCUUGCCUCGCCCCUCUCCACAUCCUCCUCACACUCGCGGACCCAUCAACACCCACGGAGGGUGUGUCACCCCGUGGAGGUGGCUGUUCAGGUGUCGCCACAAGAUGAGGAUUGUUUAUCUGCACCCUUGUCAGGAAUAAUCCCCAAGCAGGAGAACAUUACAGAUAAAGAUGAGCCCAGCAGUUACACCUGUACCACAUGCAAGCAGCCCUUCACCAGUGCCUGGUUCCUGCUUCAGCAUGCCCAGAACACCCAUGGUUUCCGCAUCUACCUGGAGAGUGAGCCUGGCAGCCCCCUUACCCCCCGAGUGGCUACAGCUCCUGGAAUGGGGGGUGACUGUGCCUCAUCCCAACCUCCAAUGCAUGCUGUUCACUUAGCUGAUGGCAGUCCUUACAGCCUCUUGAGGAUGCCCGGUUCUGGGUCUGGUCGGGAUUCAGCGUCUACACCUCGUGAAGGGCGCUAUCCCAGAACGCCACCUCUGUUCAGCCCACCACCACGGCAUCAUCUCAGUCCUGAUGACUUGGCACUAGCAACCCAUCAUCCCAGCGCCUUUGACAGAGUCAUGAGACUUAACUCAGUGCCACUUGACCCCCCAUCCAGCAUGGACUUCUCCAGACGUCUACGUGAGCUGGCUGGGAAUGCCACUGGAGCAUCCCCGCCUCUCUCCCCUAAUAGGCCCAACCCUAUGCAACGGCUGAUGCAGCCAUUCCAACCAGGUUCUAAGCCUCCAUUUUCAGCUACGUCCCCUCUAUCCACCUCUCAGUCUCCUUCUGGCUCACACUCCACCCCUAAUCCUGCAUCCAACGCUGUUCAACCAGGCACACCUCUCAAGGCUAAGUCUUGUGAGUUCUGCGGGAAGACUUUCAAAUUCCAGAGUAACCUAAUUGUUCACCGACGUAGCCACACAGGGGAAAAACCAUUCAAGUGUCACCUGUGUAACCAUGCCUGCACCCAAGCCAGCAAACUGAAACGGCACAUGAAGACACACUGUCAGAACAAGUCGUUAGUGCUUAAUGCAAAGUCAGAUGACGGCCUCUCAACUGCAAGCUCACCCGAGCCUGGCACCAGUGAGCUGAUGAACAGUGCUACAGAUGCUCUCAAGUCUGUGGUAGCAAAGUUCAAGAGUGAGAAUAAUGGUCUUAUGCCUGAGAAUGGAGAGGAAGAGGAGGAAGAUGAGGAGGAGGAGGAAGAUGAUGAUGAAGAGGAGGAGGAAGAAGAAGAGGAAGAGGAGGAGGAGAUGGGAGAGGAGGAGGAAAUGGAGAGUAAGCCUGGAGUUGGAGAAGAAGAUGGAAUGAAUGACUAUCGUUUCAGCCUGCGACUAGAAGGGGCCCGGCACCACCAGAACAGCGAGGCCCUACACCCACACCGCCGCAACUCAUCCCGGGAUCCUGGUGAUGAGGAUUCAGCCAUGGAAUCAGACCGGGCAGACGAUGGGACCACAACUACCAUGAAUGGACUGGGACCUCUCUCCACUGACAAUAUGUCAAGGAAACUGUUGGGUGGAGGAGUGAGCCCUGGCUCCCUCAGUCCUUUGUCAAAGCGUAUCAAGGUGGAGAAGGACCUCGACCCUCCCACACCCACCAUCCCAAACACAGAAAACGUCUACUCUCAGUGGCUAGCUGGCUACGCUGCCUCACGACAACUCAAAGACCCUUUCCUAAACUUUUCAGGUGGGGACUCCAGACAAUCGCCCUUUGCCUCUUCAUCUGAGCACUCAUCGGAGAACGGCAGCUUGCGGUUCUCUACUCCACCUGGUGAGCUGGAUGGGGAACGUGCGCCUUCGGGACGUAGUGGCACCGGCAGUGGGGCCAGCACUCCCCACGGUGGAAGUGGAAAUGGCAGGCCAAGUUCUAAGGACGGCCGCCGCAGUGACACUUGUGAGUUUUGUGGCAAGGUGUUUAAGAACUGCAGCAACUUGACAGUGCACAGACGCAGUCACACUGGAGAGCGGCCCUAUAAGUGUGAGCUGUGCAGCUAUGCCUGUGCUCAGAGCUCUAAGCUCACCCGCCACAUGAAGACCCAUGGACAGAUGGGCAAGGACGUGUACAAAUGUGAAAUCUGCCACAUGCCUUUCAGUGUAUACAGCACUCUGGAGAAACACAUGAAGAAGUGGCACAGUGACCGCCCUCUGGCUAAUGACAUUAAGUCUGAGUAGGCAAAGAGUAGCAUGCUGGCAGCUCUCUCUCACCUCCCCUGGCUAAAAAGUGACCCUUGCUAACUAGCCAAUAAGUGAGGGGAAAGGACAACAGGGUUAAACACCAGUACACAGUACAUCCCUGUUAUCCCCGUUUGGAAAAGCUGAAUGCAUGAUCCAUCAAUGGGGCAAUACUAUUGCAUCAAACGCAAACUUUUUGAGCCUUUCUAUUGUGCAAUAAUUUACAUGUUUUGUAUUUUUUGUAACUGGACAGCAUGCUCGGUGUGUUUUGGCUACUUAGAGAGAAAAUUGUCCUUGGCUGGUGGGUUUGGUUGUUGUAGUGUUGCUGUUGAUACUUUGAUUUCUUCAACAAAAAAGUUAGUUAUGAGAACCCAUGCUGCAUACAGUGCAUACUGUUUUACAUAUCAUGUACAGUUUUGUGUUCCAGCAUAGUGGACAGUGUCAUAUUAUCAAAACAUCAAGACAAGCAGGGUCACACUAAACACAUGGUCUUUGUGAAAGAUUUUCCAUGCAAGAUUGAGAGAAGAGAUAUAUACCUAUAUAUAUUAAAUUGGGCUGCCUAUGAAAUGCUAGGCACUGGCGCCAUGAAAUAUUUCUUUUAAAAAACAGCAAUGAAAUUAACAAUAUGGUGUGAAAUGACAACAAAGAGUGCCUUGGAUAUUUUAACGGAAUUAGUUCAUCCCUUUUUGCUAUAAGCUCUGAGUUUCUGCUAUAGAAGGUUACAGGACAUUUUUGUGCACAUGUGAAAUGAGCAGGUCCUUGCAUCAAGCACCUGUAAGACCCUGUCACAUUGUGACUUAGCAGAGCGUAAGGAACCAGGUGAAACUAAAACAGAAAAUUAUUUGUGUCUCUGGUAAAUCAUUUAUCUGCCUGAUUCAUGUGUAUUGUUAUUCUCCAGAUUCUGUUUGCUGGCAUGUUACAUGCUAAAAAGGAGUAGGAGUUUGAUUUGUAGAUUUUUGGUUUAGGGAUUUUAUUUCUCUGGUACUCAUGUACCAUUCUUAGAGGGUACUCUGAACAGUCGUUUUAACCAACCUGAAGCUCUUACUUUUCUGGAGUGGUUUUUUUUUUUUUUUUUUUUUUUUGGAAAUUAAAAAUUUGCAGGUUUUGUUUUGUAAGUAGCACAGUUAUGUCAGUUUUGUGUCAACCAGUCCGGCAGUGUAGCCAGCAGUCACUUGAAGAUCACAGAGUGGGUUUCAUUUGCAGGCAGAUUUUGUUUGAGUGGGGGAUGGUGAAAGGUUGGGGUGUGGGCUGGGAGGGUGUAGAUGGUUGUGGGUCAGAGUGGGGGUUGUUGAGUGGGUUGACCAGGUGUCUCUACAAUUCAAGUGUUUAUGCCCAUAUAGCGCUUAUUGUCUUUACUGCGUUAGAUAUUAGAAACCUUAAGUAACCUGAAACCUUUUAAUUAACUCAUAUUGGAAAAGCUCUUAAACAGAAGUCCAAAUGAAAUGUCAAGAAUGGUCCCUUUGAUGCAGCGUUUUAACAAUAAUAUCACAUUUUGUGUUCUUUUGAGAACACUGUUCUUUUGAGUUACACUAUUCUAGACCUCAUUGUGAUAGCAGAUUUUUUUUUUAUCUCCAUCCCCAUCAUUGUUGAUGAUAUAGCACUUGUCACUCUGCCUUGGAUUCUGUAUCUGUCUCUCUAAUCGGAGGUACAGUUGGUUGAGUAUAAAAUGGACCAGAUUUCAGAUCUGGUACUUAAUACGUGCACUGUUCAAUUUUCCCAGUUUACAGUUGGACACUCAAGGGAAAACUUGCUCUUAUGCUGACAGAUUAGUGUGGUGUCAUUGCUUUUGCAUUAAAAAAACAAAAGAAAAAAAAAAAAAAGGAAAAAAGAGAGUUCAAACUGUUGCCAGCCAUGUCUCCUCCUGAGAACUAAACAUCGGUUUGGCUCAUGAGGGUAUCAAUGCAGGAACAGCCAUAGAAAUAUCCUGCUUCAUACCAACUAUAGAAAUAUACUGCUCAGAACAGAAAGAUUAAAAAAAAUCUACAAAUUUGACUUUAAAAAGAUAAGUAAAUUGUGUUGUUGAUUUUUUAAGUAACACUUCAGUAUCUUUAGGGGGAGAACCUUAUUUAAAUUUGUUUUUUUUUUUUUUUUUUUUUUUAUUGUUUAUUGGUGUUUCUCUUUCCUGUCUUGGUGAAAUCCGAGACUUGAUCACUAUGUAAUGAAUUGUAAUGAACAUGUCUCUCAUCUUUUUUGCCUUUACUAUACACAAGUCUUCAGGUUGAACAAAAAUUUGCAUUGCAUUUGGGAGAGAUUUAUGAUAUAUAAAUAUAUAGAGAGAACUUAAACACAUAGGAAAAUGCACACUCAUGUAAGUUCCUAUGUUCAAAACACAUUUAUGGUCUACUUUUUUCCUGUAUUUAGAAUGGUAUUUGAAAUUAAUGUUCACUUAGUGUAGGCACUUAUAGUAUUUAUGUUGGAGCCUGUAUUUUUUAACUGUUUUGCCUGUACUCUUUAAAGGUUUCAAUGUACCCUUUUUUCUGUAGUGAAAAAAAAAAAAUCCCAACAAGCUGCCACCGUAUAUUUUCUUAAUUUGGCAGGAUAAUAUAGUGUGAAUAAUUUGUAUGCUUGAAAAUAAGUAUGUUUUUGAAAAAUAAAAAGUUGUGGUGUUCCUCAAGGGUGAGAGGUCAUGUAAUGGCCUUUUCAGGCAGUCCCGCUGGAGUGACCACAAUGAGGUAAAAACAGGUGGUUGUACAUAUCUUUUUAGUUUGUUUUAUAUAUUUUUCUGUCCUGCCAUUUUAUAUGCAGUAAUACAAGCUAUUGUUGGGUUUUCUUGGUAGCCAACUUUUUACUGUCCUUUAACAUGUACCACCUGAAAACAUUCCAGCCGUUUUGACCUUUUGUCAUAUGCAAUCAAUCCAACAUCAAUCUGAAAAGCAUGUUAUUUUGCUACAGUUUUUUUUUUUUAUUUACCUUUUGUUUUUUCAUUGCCAAAAGAACCAUGGUGCUUUCUAAUUUAAAUAUGGUACAUCUCAUAUGCAAGGCAUAUUCUAAAUAUAGCUGAAAUCAUAAAAAGAAAAAAAAACAACAACACACAUUUGGUACAUGUUAUCAUUGUU